AUGUCUUCCCUACCUCUCCUCAUCUGCAGUCUGGGCAACCCAGGCGCCGCAUAUGCAAACACUCUCCACAGCGCCGGUCACAACGUAGUAGCCGCACUAGCCACCCUCCUCCAAACCAGCCAAUUCACAAAAGACCGCGCCUAUGGCAACGGCACCCUCACACGCAGCUACGACCCAGAAACCCCCUGGACGCUCUGGCAAUCCCCGACCUUCAUGAACGAGAGCGGCAAAGGUGUGAGCAGCGCCUACCGCACCUGGGCCCGCGAAACAAAUAUGCAAGGAAGACUGGUAGUCAUUCACGAUGAGUUGGAAAAGCCUUUGGGAUCAGUGACGAUACGAGACAAGGAAGGGCUCUCGGCAAGAGGACAUAACGGGCUCAAGAGCUGUUUGGCGAGCUUGCAGGGAGUCAAGUUUGUGAGGGUGGGCGUGGGGAUUGGAAGGCCGGUUAGCAGGGCGCCGGAUGAUGUUGCGAGGUAUGUGUUGAAGAAGAUGUCGCCGUUGGAGAGGCAGAAGGUUGAGGGUUCGGCGGAGGAUGUGUUGAAUAAGUUGUUGGCUAUCAAGGGAUGA